ACGUGUAAUUACCUAACCUCUGGAACCUGACGGGCGUCAGGACCCAGAGGAAAUCUGCACUGCAGCCAUGUGCUAAACAUGGCGGACCCAAACAAGACAGACGAAUUGCAGUUCUACAGUGAAAUAUUAAGUCCAUCUGAACUGUUUGCAGCCCGGUCCAGGAGUCACAAGAUCCCAGUCAGAGGACAGAAGGACUUCUUCCCCAAUGACUCAGACGAGCAAAGACAGCAUCUUGAGCAGAGUCUGAAUGAGCACUGGAGCCUCAUAUCCGAGGAGAGAGUGGAGAAGCUAGGAAACCUAGUAAAGGCCACAUGGAUUCCAAGUGAGCAGAUUGUAGAGCUCCAGUCUCCAGCUGGGAAGUUUUGGCAGACGAUGGGCUUUUCUGCCAAAGGAAAGCAGUUCCUCCUCCCCGAAGAGGCUCUCUACCUGAUGGAGUGUGGAAACGUGCAGGUGUUUUACCGGGACCUGCCGCUGUCCAUCCAGGACGGGUACGAGAAGUUUCUGUCCUCGAGCACAGUGAGCCUCCAGCAAUAUCAGGUGUUCGGGCAUUUGAAGAGGCUUGGCUAUGUGGUGCACAGGUUCCACCCCAGUUCGGAGCCAUCGUCCUAUGCGAGGCAACUGAACCUGCCUCAGUGUCGUGACAGAGCGGGAAGACAACUGAAGAGGAAGCGCAGCGCCAGCCCAACAUCCAGUAACACUGAAGCACAAGAAGAAUCCACAGCUGACAGACUGGAGGAGGGUAAACACGGCUGCGAAGGUGAGGAGGAUGAAAAACUUCCUGAGUCACAGCUGACGAUGUCUCCAGAGACUUCAAGCACCCAGACUGCCACUGCGAGUUCAGCACACAAAGGGGGGGGCAGGACCUGGUGGAUGACGGACGUUCUCAGGGACCGACCAGAUCAGCGGCCUGCCUCUAGGACCUCACGCUGGGACUUCAGCUCCAUCCCUUUCCCAGACCUGGGAUCCAGGAAGUGCCUCUCCAGCUGCCUGGCCUCCCCAGACCCCUCUCUGCUCCCUGGGUCUUUGGCUGUGGGAGUCUGUGACAUUGCCCUCUGGACCCAAAAAAUAAACCUGAGGGAGGUGAAGAUGUCCUCAAAGGAGCAGAAGAGGGAAGAGGACAAGCAGAGGCGGCGGUGGGACGUCAACAAAGACAGAGAGGUUCAGCAGUGCAGAAACUGGGCGGAGUAUAGGAAGCUCCUGGCGAGGCGGCAGGGGAAGCAUAAAGGCCGACCAGAACACCUGUGGGAGAGGGAAGUCACUCCUUUACAUGACCCAAGACAACCAAUCCCCACUGGGGAGCUGCUGGAUAAAAUCAGUGUGAUCGAAUCCACACAUUUGCUGGAGGGGGCGUCCAGGUUAAAAGGCUCAGAUGACUGGAGGAUUUGUUUCAAUGUUUACCAGCCUGAUUCAGUGGCGGACUUCAAGAAGAGCAACCCGGGGAAACCUUACUCCCGGAUGUGUGUGUGCAGUUUCGAUGGCCCUGUGCCGGACCUGCAAGCCAUCAAGCUGCUGAGCUUCCAGAGUGGAGACAUCCCAGUGGUCUUUGCUGUAGUGGACCAUGGGGACAUCUCCUUCUACACCUUCAAAGACUUCCAGCUGCCCACUGAUGUGUACCCCUGAGACCUGUAAAACAUGUACCAACCCUGAACGCAUCCGGGACUUUUAUAAUAAUCUGCAUCUGUCUGCUUGGCUGGACAUACAAAAAUGGAAAAAAAAACAUAUAACUAAUCAUUGAUGUUACAGAUGAAAAGAAAAGAGAGAAUUCCUGAAAAUGAUAUUUUGUGUGUCUGGCCAGUGAUUUACAAUGCAAAGGGAGUUUAAUUGUCAAAGUUUUAAUCCCACGGUCGGAUCUGUGCAGAUACUACCUCGAAGCAGAUCUCAAAUUGGACCUAUUUUAAUUUUACCCAUUCUUUAUCAGUUUUUAGGCUUUGUUUACACUCCUGACAGUGCUGUCAGAGAGAUACGGUAUUUUCCCUAUUCAUUUCUGGGACCAACAGACCAUCAGAGUGACUUAUGUGAACUGUUUAGUUGAUCAGACUUUUUAUUGUUUAUUUUCUGCAACAACAACACAAAGAUAGAUUAGAGUUUUUUUAUUCCUAGUGGGAAAUAAAUGUUUGCUACAACACUCAAAUACUGUAGUCACAUAAACAUGAUAAGACAGUACCAAAAACUGCAAA